AUUCGCUGGUACAGCGGCUGAUGAACGGUGCCAUGCUGCAAGGCCUCGAUUCUAGCUUGAGCUCGACUGGCUGGUUAGUGCAAGGUUACGUGAUUGAUGGCUUUUCCCCCUCAAUUCAUGCUGGAAAGGUUGGGAAAGGUCGGCUCAUCGCUGCCAGCAUAUGUCUGUUAUGCACCAACUUAUGCGACGUGUGAGUUGAAGCGUGGAUGUUGGUGACGGAAAGCACACGAAGACCUUCUACAUGGAGGUCCCAGCGUCGACACGCCGCACAAGCAUCUGCAAGACAUGUAGGGCAAAAGGAAGACAAGAGCAAAACCCAAGCUCCACACGCUAAGGUAAAAUCGAGAAAACAGACGAAAACUCUUUUGCUUUUUGAGGUAUCUGAUUGGCUUAGAAGCUCUGUAAGAAUUUUUCGCACGCUCUCGAUCAAUGCGCCAUCCGCGCACCGAGUUGCUGUCAAUCUCCCGCUUGCCGCCUGGUACUCGAUAGUGUGCAGCGAUUGUGUGUGUGUGGACUCUGAAUUCGAAAACAUUGAAGAAGGUCGUGAGGUGGGUCCAACUCCCAUCCAUUUUGACUCUUGGCGCGCGAUCGGGGUUGUUCCACGGAAGCGGCAGAAGCGGGAAAGAAAGUCGUGCCAGCGAAAUACAGCCUUGAGAAGAGGGGAGGUGAGAAUCUUGCAGCGACACCAACUUGUCGUACUGGAAUGCCCAGCCUCGUUGCUGAGCUCGGCAUCUGUGACUCGCGGCAUUGCUGACUUGUCAUCACGGAAACAUGCAGAACGACGUCUGCCAUGCGAAAAAUCACUGUCACCUGGCGGGGCACUCUUUACCGAACGAGGCGCAGUCCGCGGUUGAGUGCGGUCGAAUGGCAGGCUGAAGUCUGAAGACUGUGGGAGAGAAUUGAAAGACUGGUCAAGUGGAGAGGUUGUUACAAAUUCCAAUUGGCUUC